CCGAAAGUGCUGAGCAGUUUGAGCUUUAAACAAGUGGGCAAGAUACAUCAGCAGCCUGAAGACUCACUUCAUCGUACUUUAACUUACUGCGGAACAAGAAGAAAGGAAUCACUCAGUGCGUUAGAGAGGACUCGCACAGCAGCUGCAAAAAUGAUUAUUUUUGACAAGUUGAAAAAGUUUGACAUCGUCUUCGACUCUCCGGAGGUGGACUGUCCCCCUGUGUUCAGCAGCGGGGACGUGGUGUCCGGCCGGGUGGUGUUGGAGCUCUCCGGGGAGAGCAAGAUAGAAUCCCUGAAGCUUCACGCCGAAGGUUUCGCAAAAGUGCACUGGACCGAGUCCCGGUCCGCGGGCUCCAGCACCGCGUACACCCAGAACUACAGCGACGAGGUGGAGUACCUGAACCGGAGAGAGGUGCUGCUGCAGGCAGAUAAUGGUGAAGUAACCGUCCUUCCUGCUGGCAGACAUGAAUUUCCAUUCAGCUUCCAGCUUCCAGAGGAGACACUGGUCACGUCCUUCGAGGGGAAACAUGGCAGCAUCCGUUACUGGGUCAAAGUUAAGCUACACAGGCCGUGGGCCACCGUCAAGAAGAUCAAGAAGGAGUUCACGGUCAUCGAGCCCAUUGACAUCAACACACCAGCCUUACUGGCGCCACAGGCUGGAACGAAGGAUAAGAUGGCACGGGCGUGGUAUCGCAACUUUGGACAGGUGUCUGUAACUGCAAAGAUUGACCGCAAAGGCUACACACCAGGUGAGGUGAUACCUGUCUUUGCAGAGUUUGACAACUCUACCUCCAGAUCAAUUGUGCCCAAAGCCUACAUCACUCAGACACAGACGUUCAUCGCCCGCGGCACCAUGAAGCAGAAGCGUUCGGUGGUGGCCACGCUGUGCGGUGACAAUGUGGGGCCAGGCCGGGAGACCUGGCACGGUCGCGCCAUCAAUCCCCCAGUGGGCCCAUCCAUCCUGCAGUGUCGCAUCAUCAAAGUGGAAUACAUGCUCAAGGUUUGCGUUGACGUUCCUGGGACGUCAAAGCUGUGUCUGGAGCUGCCGCUGGUCAUAGGCACCAUCCCCCUCCAUCCCUUCGGCAGCCGGACCUCCAGUGUCAGCAGCCAGUACAGCGUCAAUCUGGAGUGGCUGCGCAUGGCCAUCCCCGAGCAGCCUGAGCCUCCUCCAGAUUACAGCUCUGUGGUGACAGAGGAGGAGGCCGGGCAGUGCAACAGCGCGGUGGUCCUGCAGCCUGCUGAGGACCUGAGUGGGAUCCUGGAGCGCCCCCUCAUGGCUUUUGUCCAAGAGUUUCGCUUCCGACCUCCGCCGGUGUACAGCGAGAUCGACCCCAACCCUCAGCCCAUCAACAUGAGACCUCGCUGCAUGACGUGUUGAACGAUGAGCCCUGCCUGAGAGUCGAACGACUGAAAAAAAAUUCAAUGAAAUGAAUCAAGAGAUUUGUCUUCUCCUGGAUUACUUCUCUCUGACAAAUGGCACCUGGUCCCACCAAGUGUUGUGGAGAGGGACCGGAGCGCCACGGAGAGUUCAGGAGAGAAAGAAGGAGCUCACAGGAACUGGGUGCCUGGUGGAGGAGCUGCCACUUCGUUUUUCCAGUCCAUAAAAUAAAGUGGAUGCUUUCCUCAUUCUGUCGAGAGGGAAGCAACUUCUCUACAUCAGUUCCUGUCCUUCCCAAGUGAUUUUUUUUUGGCUCACAUGAAGCGAGCCUGCAAAUACCUCCCAAUCAACAAUUCCCUCACGUGAAGAGAUUUUUUGAGAUUCAAGGAGUUUGGGACAUAUUGGGGGGUGGGGAAAGAUCACUUGAUAUUUGUCAGGUGGAGAGUUGGAAUUGCAACUGGUGUUCAAAUGUUUGAAAAAAAAAUCGCUCUUGAUAAGUUGACAGAAGUACAUUGUCAUCUUUGAGUGGCGUAAGGAAAGAAGUGCAAUUAUUGUUUUCAAUUUCCAACUCUCCUUAGCCUGGCAGCACAGUAGAUUUUUAACAGCCUACAUUGCUAUGCAUUGCGUGACUCAACAGCAGUGGGUCUGUGAUGAUUUCUGCUGUUACUUAAGCACAUACUGUAUCUGAAGGUGUGAUUGUGGCACAGACAAGUCAGCUAAGCAGAUGUAGAUGUAUUUUAUGCAUGCAGGUAACAAUAUGUAAAAGGGAAAACUAUGUAUGCCUUAAUUAUCUGCAGUGGAAGAUUGCAUGAGAGUUUCAGGGAGUCGUUCUCUCAUAGAGUUGAAUGGAGCUGAAUGUAUUCUGAAAGAACUUAGAACAAAAAAAAAAAAAAAACGGUUGGAUUGUAUGUGGACGAAUUCCAAGAGAAGUGUUGUGUUAAUGCAAGGCUUUAAGGCACUGAAGUGUCGGAUAGCUGUGGUUGACUUUAGCACAGUUAUAAAAUAGGACGAGCAGUUUGUGUAUAAAGCUGCACGAGGCUCAUAGAUUAGCUCUCCCAGCUGCUAAACAAAAGGAGGAGGAGGAGGAGGAGGAGAUGGAGACCUCUGAGCCGUGUGGUCUGAAGCUUUUUGAUGGGAGCCAGAUGCCUCAGUGCUGUGGGGCGUUUUUGUGAGGCUCAACCAGAGCACACCGCUCAGUGUUCGAGUCGAGCCAUAAGAUGGAGAUGCCACUGAAACGUAUGGACAAAGAACAUUCCAAAAACUUAACUCGAGGAUCAUGUUUUCUCCUCAACUUCCAAAAAAACUGGUCUUCAGGGUCAGCUGUGCGACUUUCCUGGCACGCACUGAGAAACCGAAUGUAUUUUUAUACAAAUGCAGUUGUUGAUUCACAAUCUUACCAAAGUUUUGUAAUUGUUUUUUUUCUAAUAAAACAGUUGAAAUGGA